GUGAGAAUGGGGCAACAUCAUCUUUUUCUAGUCGUUCUGUCCCUGGUUUCCUUCUUACCAAAUGCAUUUUCUGGGAAGAUACGUAAUGGGAUUAUCGGAGGUCAGGAAGCUAAACCACAUUCUAGGCCCUAUAUGGCGUUUCUGAAGAUUGGUGAAGGUUUUUGUGGUGGAUCGCUGAUUGCUCCUGAUUGGGUGAUUUCUGCUGCCCACUGCAGUGGAGAUAUUACAGUCAUCUUGGGAGCACACAAUGUAAAGGAGCCAGAGAGCUCACAGCAGGUCAUUGGGGUUCAGAGUGAACACUUGCACCCAGAAUAUGAUGAUGAAGAGUCUCUGCCAUUUAAUGAUGUCAUGUUGUUGAAGCUCACCUCCAAGGCCACCAUAAACCGUUAUGUACAGACCAUCCCCCUUCCAUCUAGCAGCAGUGACCUUCCUUCUGGCACCCCUUGCAGUGUAUCUGGAUGGGGUUUGAUUGACAAUUAUGAAGACACUGAUAAACUUUUUGAGACCAAUAUCACCAUUGUAAGCCGCCGCUUGUGUCACCGUUACUUCCCAAGGCUGAGUGAUGGAAUGAUCUGUGCAGGGAGAAUCAACCAGAUUAAGGACUCCAGUCAGGGAGACUCUGGUGGGCCCUUGGUGUGCCGAGGAGAGCUAGCAGGCAUUGUGUCAUUUGGUUUUAACCAUCCACCCGGUGUCUAUGCAAGGGUUGCCAGAUACCUCAGUUGGAUUGAGAAGACCAUAUCAGAACAUGGAGACAAGAAUAACUAAGCCUUUGUGCUCUCAUCACCUUUUCUGUUGGUUGAUGGAGUGAUGCUGAAUAUCUGCCAUUAAAGCAUAUAGACAAAAUGAAA